AUGAUCGCCUCUGGGGUUUUGCCCAUUGAUCGGAUGACCGAGCACAGGGAAGCUGUACAGGUUGUGGCAGAUCGAGUACCUAGUGGACUGCCACAUGAAACUCGAGCAGCACGCCAAAUAUUAAAAGAUUACAUCGAUGGGAAGCUUCCUCACGUUGAAAUGCCUCCAGAUGUGUCUAAUGAUGAACGUCGUAUAGAUGAUACUGUGGGCUCCAGCUCCUCAGAGGAGCUUGACUCAGAUUCAUCUGAUGUUGAUGUACUUCCAAAUGAUGAACAUGAAGAAGCACCUAGUCUAGAGCAUGUAUUGGUUGAUUUGAAUUCAUUUGACAUGGAUAAUGAGUUAGGUUGCCACAAGACCAUGGUUCAGAUGAAAUCCUCCGGUGGGACCCCAUAA